CUGGUCGACACGGAACGCGUCGACUUCAUCGCCGCUGCCCUGGCUCCCGAAGGCACCUCCGGCGAGGAACACCGCGCUAUGAUGGUGCGCGAGCGCGAACUGCGCGUGCCUCUGGGCCGCAUCGCCCAGGGCGACGACAUCGCCCGCAUGGCCGCUUUCCUCUCGUCCGCUGAAUCCGACUACAUGACCGGCCUCAGCAUCAGCGUCUCCGGCGGCUCCGAAAUGAGCUAG